CGCGAGAGCCAUUUUUUUUCGGCCGGCUGCUGUUGCUGAGUAUCUAAACUAUGAUGUGAAGUUUCCAAUUUCAGUGAAGAGAAUCAUAGAACUUAUAUGUAGAACUCCUGGUUAAGAACGAGGAUAAAUCCUCGAUAUCGCCCAAAAGGUGCGAUGGGAUGUUUUGAUAAAAGUGACAACGAUGAAGCCAAGAAAAUUAGUAAAAAAAUUGAUAAUGAUAUUAAACAAGAUAAAAUUGCUUACCGAGCCACACAUAGAUUGCUGCUCCUUGGUGCCGGAGAGAGCGGAAAAAGUACUAUAGUUAAACAAAUGAGAAUACUUCACGUUGAUGGAUUCAACGAGCAAGAAAAACUUGAGAAAAUAGAAGAUAUAAAAAGAAAUAUUAAAGAAGGAAUUCUCACUAUCACAGGUGCUAUGAAAAUAAUAGUGCCACCAGGUAAACUUGAAAAUCCAGAAAACCAAUGGAGGAUCGAUUGGCUACAUGAAAAUGCAUCACAAGAAGAAUUUGAAUAUCCAGAGGAAUUUUACGACCAUGUCGAAAUUCUGUGGAAAGACAAAGGUGUGCUGGAAUGUUUUGAACGUUCCAAUGAAUACCAACUUAUAGAUUGUGCACAAUACUUUCUCGACAGGACGGCAGAAGUGCGGAAAAAAGAUUAUAGUCCAAAAAAUCAAGAUCUACUGAGAUGUCGUGUCUUAACACGAGGCAUAAUAGAAACGCGCUUUCAAGUGGAUAGGGUUAAUUUUCAUAUGUUCGAUGUUGGUGGACAACGAGAUGAAAGGCGGAAGUGGAUACAGUGUUUUAACGAUGUAACUGCAAUCAUAUUUGUAGUAGCAUGUAGCAGUUAUAAUUUGGUUUUAAGAGAAGACCAAAGUCAAAAUAGAUUACGCGAAAGCUUAGAUUUAUUUCUUGGUAUCUGGAAUAAUAGGUUUCUGAAAACUAUAUCUGUAAUUCUAUUUCUAAACAAACAAGAUUUACUUCGAGACAAAGUGCUGGCACAGAAGUCAAAAAUAGAAGAUUAUUUUCCUGAGUACGCUAGAUACAGGACGCCGGAAGACGCUGUACGAGAACAAGGAGAAGAAGAAGAGGUUACGAGGGCGAAAUACUUUAUUAGGGACGAAUUUUUGAGGAUAAGUACUGCAACAGGGGAAGGCAAGCAUUAUUGUUAUCCGCAUUUUACAUGUGCUGUUGAUACAGAGAACAUUAGGCGUGUAUUUAAUGACUGUCGAGACAUUAUACAAAGGAUGCAUCUAAGGCAGUAUGAGCUGCUCUAGUUUUUUCAAAGAGCAUCCCUAUAGAAAAAAAUCGGAAUUAUUCACAGUCUCCUGACGUGAUGUUCGGCGUCAUCCUGCGAUCUCUUGCUAACGUCGCUUGCAUGCACACGUUACACUGGCUGGUGACGUGCGUGUGACUGGAGUCAGUGACAAGGGAAAGUCUUCUUAGAAACAAUGGAUGCUUUUCUAAAAAUAUAAAUUGUGCAUUCCAUGAAUAUAAUACGUUGCCAAGUGAAUGGCGUGUUCCUUUAAUAGUGGAGAUAAACCAGUUUAAUAUUCUGACCCUUUAUAACCACGAAGUUCGAAUGGAGACCGUUCUUUUUUUUCCCGCACAGAUUACAAGACAACCAUCGUGAACACCUCGGGUGAAGAAUUCUGUAACCCAUGGUGGAGUGUUUUGUUACAGUGAUAUUGUUUGAAAGAGAGAAGUUUAUGGAAUGUAUAUACUGAUGUAAUUGUUCGUCCCUUUUUUGUUUUUUGUUCACACAAAUGUUAGUUUUCCCGUGAGUUCCCUGGAUUUCCUUUGAAAUAUCGGAAGUAUGUGGAUCGAACUAUUCGUUUGACUUCUAACCAAUUUUUUCAUUCACUCUUUGAUUUUAAAAAACCUUCAUCCAGUACGUUUAGGAGUUUUUUGUGUAGUUUUAUAAUUUCUCCCAUGGAGCCAGAUACCAAUUUGUUUUUGUGUUUUUGUUGUUGUUUUUUUUUUAAUUUCUUGCGGGAUGGGAGAACACCGCUCUGUCCCUUGCCGGCUGUUCUGAUACAUAUAGAAAAAGAGCAGAAAUGAAUAAAAGUUAUUUUCGUAGUCUGUUAUUUAUUUAUUAAAAUUUCACUUUAUCUGCUUCAUCUGUAUUGUAUGUUUUCUUACACAAAUGAGACUUCACACUACACUACACCACAAGCCAUGUGAACACCGUUUGUCUGAAGCACAACAAAAGGGAAGUUAUGCUUGAAACGUGUAUUGUACGAAGCCUCAAACACGCUACAAUUUUUUAGAAAUAGGCACGUAAACUCAAACGGAAAAUGAAAUUAUUGUCUUGCUUACCUCGGAUCUUAAUGGAAUUAUUCAGUUUUCUACUUCUGCGUUCUUGAUUUUCUGUGAUGGUGAAGCGAGGUCGAAAACAUACAAAAAUCCUUUAUUGUAAAACCUUUUACCACAAGUUGUUUUUAGCAAUUAUUACUAACUUAACUUUGGUCACGUGGUAUACACGUGGAUUAGAUAUGUGAAUGUUUUUGUAAAACGCCGAACAAAAUAAACCUUCUCUUAAUAAUUGUAUAAAGUGAAUAAAUACAAGAAAAAGAUGAAGAAAAGUAUAUUAAAA